GGUUGUUUGUUUUUUCUACUUAGUCUUUAAUAUACACUUAGACAUCUCAGGCUCUGAAGAUGACUUUUGCUUCCCUAGUUACAGUUAGUUACUUCCACAUCUAUUCCUUUAGAUCUCUGCUACUAACUUGGGUCACAUAAAUACUUGUUUCUUGCCUGUCUUCCUUAGACCUCAAACUCCUUGAGGGCAGGGCCUCUGUUACACAUUUAGUUUCUUGGAUAACACCUAGAAAUGCAUUUAGUUGUGAGCAACCAAACUAAGAGAGCUUUAAUCACAUACGGAUAUAUUCUUCUCACAUAAAAGAAACCAGAGGUUGCUGGUAUUUGUUCAGCCCCUCAGCAGUACCAUCUGGGACCAGAUUCUUGGUCUUUGCUCUCUGCCAUCCCAAGUGUGGCUCUCAUAUUCAGGCUUAUUAUAAAAUGGAUGACAUUUUCUAGAGAAUGUUAACAUGUUGAUAAUAUUUUUAAGAUAAAUUUUAGAUAAAAGUCCUCCUUUGAAGUCAGAAAGAAUGCAGAACUAGUUCCACCUGCAUCAGGCCUUUUUAUCAGGAAGAGGGAAGGCUGUAGUACCUGAAACCACCCUGACAGACAGGUCUCAUUAGCCACAGAUGACAUCUGGCACAUAGUAAGUGAGCAGGGAAUAUUUGAAGAAUGGCUUAGUAGCCCCAUGAGGGUGUACAAGGCUCUUUGCUGACCUCAAGAAUCCCCAGAUUGCUGUGAUUUUUAAUGUACCUUUGUCAGUUUUUCCUGGUCUUUGUUUUCUCCCUCCCUGUCUUGUUGACAGUGUUGUUCUUUGUGUCCUUGCUUCUAUCCUGCUGCUUUAUUUUUACACCUAGUUAAGAACUUAAGGAGUGAAGCACUUGAGGUUUUGAGCUUUUCCUCUCUCUACUUGAUGUGUGUCUUUCAUUCUGAAUUCAUAACUGGGUUGAUGACAGUUUAAAUUGCCAGAAGCUUGACUGCCAGCUAUGUACUGUACUACUGCACUAUCUACAUUAUUGUGCUAGAUAUUACUGUAUCACACAAGUGUAAUUGUAGAAUUCGCAUUCUUUCAUUUAGUAAACAUUUGCCGAGCACAUAUUAUAUGCAAGUCCCUGAGUUAAGAACUGAAUAAACAAAAGAUUUCUAGCUCAAGAGUAGUAUUUUUAUUUGCUAAUUAUAAAUUGCUACCAUGACUGGAGUAUUUAAUUAACAUUAAUAUAGUUAAUUUACUUAAGUUUAUCUGACUUUUUUCUCUAGCUUAAAUGGGCCAAAAUCGACAUUAAUCUUAGGUUUUAAUAUACAUUUUGUUUUUCAUAUUUAAAGAUUAUUUUACCCUAUAUGUGGGCCACUGUGAAUGCAUAAUUGGGAACAGUUUAGAAGAUGGGAAUCCUCAAAGCCUUUUGGAUGAACUUUGGUUUUCUGUGUGACAUAUUAAAAGAGCAUACUUAAGAGACAUGGACUUGACCCUAGCUAACUCUGUGGACUUCAACUUCCCAGUCUGUGACAUGAGAGGCAUUGGACUAGAGAAUCUCUAAGGUGUUUUUCAGCUUUUAAAUAUUAGUGUUCUGUUUCUUCUAGCAUAUAUACAUUUACUUUCUAGUAAAUACCUAGACAAUUACUAGAAAUUUGGUAGAUUUUUCAUGUUGCACUGUGUGUUUUCAGCCAGUCUGCAAACAAUCCAGAAACAAAAUACACUCGAUUUUUUUAUCAUAGCCAUAAUUUUAAUUUUAUUUAUUUUUUCCAAUACUCCUUUUUUCAUUGAGAUAAAAUUACCUACCAUAAAAUGCAUAGAUUUUAAAGGUACCAGUUUUCAUUUUUCACAAAUGCAUACCCAUGUAACUUUCAGCAUAAUCAAGCUAUAGGAUGUUUUUAUCACCCCAGAAAAUCUGCUUGAUCUUUUAAACAGAAAUUUCAGUGUCUAUACUAUUCUACAGGUAAAUUAAGUAGGAACUUCUGUGCUUUAGGAUUUGACUUACUUUAUUCCACAAUAACAUUUUUAUUAACUUCUUGGUGAUUAAUUUUCACAUUGUUAAAACUCCCAGAUUGCACUAUUAAAAAGCCCCCCAGAUUAUGUUCAUGAAAAGAAAAACCACUUUGUUCCAAAUCUGGUUUUCUUUAAUAUACUAUGAUAUUAUUUGGACUAAAACAGAAAAUGAGCCAUCGGACAGUGAAGAUGUUGGAAUUGCUGAGAUUCAUUCUUUCAAGGACUGAAAUUUAUUUUCGUAGUUGCAUCAAAAUCUUCCAAAAAUAUAUACAUUUUCAUGCCUUCUUAAGCAGAUUGCUGUUUGUUGACUCAGUGCCAUGGGACUUAAUGAGUCACACUCAUUGAUUUUUAUACCAUCCUACAUACAUUGAUAUCAUUGCAUAUCAAAUUGUUUUAACUGCUAUUUGAAUGACUUAGGUUUCCCUUAAACUUCUGUGUUUGCUUUUUUGUAUUUUUCUCCCAUUGGUAGAGACUUCUCAUUCUUGCUGGUGUGCUGGCUUUGGACAUCCCUUUUAUCUCCUUUUUAAUGUAUUAACACCUGUUAGAUAUAAACUUAGAAAGUAGUCUCCUGAAUGACUUGCAAAGAUGAUCUGUUGGGGGGAGAUGUUAGAAGUUCUCACCUUUUUAUCUCAUUCUUUUUCAUUUCUAAUUUGUGUAUGUUUUAUAACAUAAUAUCAGGAGAGUAGUACAUGUUUGUAAUGUACAAAUAAUCGGUUUCAGGUGCAAAAUUUUGUUUUACUACUAAAGGUAUAUGACCAAAGAAGACUACUAAGCUAGAAAACUGAGAUAAUUUCUUCACUGUUUUCUGAUUGCUCUUUCAGGAGCUUCUUUUUUGUUUCUUUUUAUGGCAGCCUAAUUUUUCCAUGGAUGAACUUUUCUUUCUUAUCCAAGAAUAUUAUUUCUAGUUCUUCGUUGUUUUCUGCUAUUCCCUGUGAUCUCUGUAUCUUUUAAAUUUCUUUGCUGUUUUAGUUUGUUUGGUCUCUCAUUAUAGGCUUAUCAUAAAGGAUUGAUUAUCCAUAUUUGGCCAUUCUUAUUUGAGUGAGGCCCAAAAAGCUAGUUAGAAGACCUGUAUGGGGCUUGUCCCCUGGUGGGCUUCUCCAGAGAAGGGUUCUCCUGCUGGGAGAUUGAAGCCUGGCAGUUAGGAUGUUAGAGUUAAAUGAGGGAAGGCAGGUGGGGUGGGGUUAAGAAGGGAAACUUCCUUUUAAUCUCCAUGAUUUUAGUCCAACACUUCAUCCCUCUUUUCCGCUUUGCCUUAUGUCUAGACUUCUCCAAAGGCGAAGCUCUUGUCCUGUCAUGAUUUAGGAGGGAUGGUUGCCUGGCUGUGCUGGGUGGGAUUCUGGGGACCUAACUACCUGGCAGACUUCCUAAUGAUCCUCCUCUUUGCAGCUCUCCACACCCUUUCUGAGGUGCUUCAGAUUCCUGAGCCUUCUCAGGGCUCUGUAGGUCAGGUCACUUCAGCUGUGACUCACUGCAGUCACUAAGCGAAGCAGAGGAGAGGUUAACAAAAUAUAUUGUAUUACUGUGUGUCACUAAAGUUUUGAAGGCUGUGGGGCUUUUUGAAUCAUAUGACCUCCUGAAAGUAGUUCACAUUGUUCAGUUUAUUUUUAUAUUAAAACUUGGGACUGCAUUUUUUAUGGUUUUGUUUCAAAAGCCUUUUUCUUCUGGGAAAAGUAUUACCAAACGCCAGUGGAUCAAAAUAUUUAAACAUGCAGUUGCUGGGUGUAUCAUUUCACUUUUGUGGUUUUUUGGCCUCACUCUUUGUGGACCACUAAGGACUUUGCUGCUAUUCGAGCACAGUGAUAUUGUUGUCAUCUCACUGCUCAGUGUUUUGUUCACUAGUUCUGGAGGAGGACCAGCAAAGACAAGAGGGGCUGCUUUUUUCAUUAUUGCUGUGAUCUGCCUAUUGCUUUUUGACAAUGAUGAUCUCAUGGCUAAAAUGGCUGAACACCCUGAAGGACAUCAUGACAGUGCUCUAACUCACAUGCUUUACACAGCCAUUGCCUUCUUAGGUGUGGCAGAUCACAAGGGUGGAGUAUUAUUGCUAGUACUGGCUUUGUGUUGUAAAGUUGGUUUUCAUACAGCUUCUAGAAAACUCUCUAUAGAUGUUGGUGGAACCAAACGUCUUCAAGCUUUAUCCCAUAUUGUUUCUGUGCUUCUCUUAUGCCCAUGGGUCGUUGUUCUUUCUGUGACAACUGAGAGUAAAGUCGAGUCUUGGUUUUCUCUCAUUAUGCCUUUCACAACGGUUGUUUUUUUUGUCAUGAUCCUGGAUUUCUAUGUCGAUUCCAUUUGUUCAGUCAAAAUGGAAGUUUCCAAAUGUGCCCGAUAUGGAUCCUUUCCCAUUUUUAUUAGUGCUCUACUUUUUGGAAAUUUUUGGACGCAUCCAAUAACAGACCAGCUUCGGGCCAUAAACAAAGCAGCACACCAGGAGAGCACAGAACACGUCCUUUCUGGAGGGGUGGUAGUGAGCGCUAUAUUCUUCAUUUUGUCUGCCAACAUCUUAUCAUCUCCUUCUAAGAGAGGACAGAAAGGUACCCUAAUUGGAUAUUCUCCUGAAGGAACACCUCUUUAUAACUUCAUGGGUGAUGCUUUUCAGCAUAGCUCCCAGUCAAUCCCUAGGUUUAUUAAGGAAUCACUAAAACAAAUUCUUGAGGAGAAUGACUCUAGACAGAUCUUUUACUUCUUGUGCUUGAAUCUGCUUUUUACCUUUGUGGAAUUAUUCUAUGGCGUGUUGACCAAUAGUCUGGGUCUGAUCUCAGAUGGAUUUCACAUGCUCUUUGACUGCUCUGCUUUGGUCAUGGGACUUUUUGCAGCCCUGAUGAGUAGAUGGAAAGCAACUCGGAUUUUCUCCUAUGGGUAUGGCCGAAUAGAAAUUCUCUCUGGAUUUAUUAAUGGGCUUUUUCUAGUGGUAAUAGCUUUUUUCGUGUUUAUGGAAUCAGUGGCUAGAUUAAUUGAUCCUCCGGAAUUAGACACACACAUGUUAACACCAGUCUCAGUUGGAGGGCUGAUAGUAAACCUUAUUGGUAUCUGUGCCUUUAGCCAUGCCCAUAACCAUACCCAUGGAGCUUCUCAAGGAAGCUGUCACUCCUCUGAUCACAGCCAUUCACACCAUGUGCAUGGACACAGUGACCAUGGGCACGGUCACAGCCACGGAUCUGCAGGCAGAGGCAUGAAUGCUAACAUGAGGGGUGUAUUUCUACACGUUUUGGCAGACACACUUGGCAGUAUUGGUGUGAUCGUAUCCACCAUUCUUAUAGAGCAGUUUGGAUGGUUCAUUGCUGAUCCCCUCUGUUCUCUUUUUAUCGCUAUAUUAAUAUUUCUCAGUGUUGUCCCACUGAUUAAAGAUGCCUGUCAGGUUCUCCUUCUGAGACUGCCACCAGAAUAUGAAAAAGAACUACAUAUUGCCUUAGAAAAGCUACAGAAAAUUGAAGGAUUAAUAUCAUACCGAGACCCACAUUUUUGGCGUCAUUCUGCCAAUAUUGUGGCAGGAACAAUUCAUAUACAGGUGACAUCUGAUGUGCUGGAACAAAGAAUAGUACAGCAGGUUACAGGAAUACUUAAAGAUGCUGGAGUAAACAACUUAACAAUUCAAGUGGAAAAAGAAGCAUACUUUCAACAUAUGUCUGGCCUAAGUACUGGAUUUCAUGAUGUUCUGGCUAUGACAAAACAAAUGGAGUCCAUGAAAUACUACAAAGAUGGUACUUACAUCAUGUGAGAUAACUUGGGAAUUACCCCUGGGAUAUGAACAAUGAAGAUGAAAUGACCGGGUAUUUAUAAUAUCGCCAGAAGGAAGAAAAUUGCACAUAAUUGUACAGAAACAUUUUGUGGUAUUUGAAAAAAAUUUUAAAGCUCCCUACAGUUGGAUCAAGGAAUCUUUCUUAAAGGAAAUUUAAAUACAGAAUGAAGCGUUAAUUGUACAAGUAAAAUAAUUGUUUAAAUUACGUGUAAAACAGGAAACUUAAAAUUUAAGUGAACGUGAUGUAUCAUAUCAUCUUCAAAAGUGAACAUAUAAUGAUGGAUUCUAGUGAAGACCAAAAUAACUUCUGUGUGUUUACUUUCUGUAAGAAAGCAUCUCCAUUGUAAAUAAUGUAUUUACAUGUUUAUUACAAAGACCCAAAUGAAAAAUUUUUAGUCAAUUUUUUGCAUAGCCCUAGGAUAAAAUAGGAAUAAAAGUUCUAUAUUUAUGGAUUUUCUGUAUAUAAAACUGGUUUCUAAUUAUAACUUAAAUCCAUUAAGUAAAACCUGUAUUGCCACUUUAAAUGUAAACUAAAUUAUUUGGGAGAAACUUCAACCACUGAUAUGAGGCAGCAGUGAGAAUAGUGAAGGAUAACAUGACAGUUUUUGAUGUAUUACAAAAGCCAACCACUCUGUAAAAUAAAUUUUUUUACUUUUGGUAA